GUGUCCUAUGCAACGUUCGUUUGGGGUGAGAAGCUGUAUGAUGACAUCCAGCGACUUACAUUCUCGCUGACCAACUUCCAUGCCUCGCUGCUGCCAUUGAGAUUGGAAGACCACGACAGCUACCGAGCUCUCAACGUCGCUACAUGCAGCGCCGAGCGGAAAGACUUGCUGCCAGUGCAGCACGUGCUGAUCGCGUAG